UUAGCAACCCGGCGGGCAAGGGUACGUGGGGGAGGGACCGGCGUUGUGCGGGUAGGUCACGCGAGUCCCUCUUCUUCACCAAGAUGGCGGCCGGCCUUUCGGCCUCGUACCCAGCAUAGGCUUCGCUGCGGGCCUACUAGAGCAAAAGCUGGCAGGCUGACAAACGGGCAGCUUACAGGACGGACUCUCUGGCUACUGACCAUUUAGCUGUGGCAUACCCGGAUUGUGUGUGGGUGGGAAGUCGACAAUGAGCUCCGUGGCAGUUUUGACCCAGGAGAGCUUCGCUGAACACCGCAGCGGCCUGACUCAGCAGCAGGUGAAAGUUACAGCUUUAAACUCUGAAGAAGAGAAUGAUCCUCCAACCUACAAGGAAGCCUUCCCUCCGCUCCCUGAGAAAGCACCAUGUUUGGAAGCUGCCCAGGAACCAUCUGGUCCCUGGAGCAAGAUCCGACCGAUAAAGGCUUCUGUCAUCACUCAGGUGUUUCAUGUGCCACUAGAAGAGAGAAAAUACAAGGACAUGAAUCAGUUUGGAGAAGGCGAGCAGGCCAAGAUCUGCCUUGACAUCAUGCAGAAGACAGGAGCUCACCUGGAGCUGUCUCUCGCAAAGGACCAGGGCCUUUCUAUCAUGGUCUCUGGCAAGCUGGAAGCAGUCAUGAAGGCUCGAAAGGAGAUUGUCGCUCGGCUGCAGACACAGGCUUCAGCAACAGUUGCCAUCCCCAAGGAGCACCACCGCUUUGUCAUUGGAAAGAAUGGCGAGAAGCUGCAGGACCUGGAGCUCAAAACUGCAACCAAAAUCCAGAUCCCCCGCCCAGAUGACCCCAGCAACCAGAUCAAGAUCACCGGCACUAAAGAAGGGAUUGAGAAAGCCCGGCACGAGAUCCUGCUCAUCUCUGCUGAGCAGGAUAAGCGUGCUGUGGAGCGGCUGGAUGUGGAGAAGGUGUUUCACCCCUUCAUUGCUGGCCCUUACAACAAGCUGGUGAGUGAGCUCAUGCAGGACACGGGGACACGCAUCAACAUUCCUCCACCCAGCGUCAACAAGACAGAGAUAGUCUUCACUGGAGAAAAGGAGCAGCUGGCCCAGGCUGUUGCUCGUGUUAAGAAGAUCUAUGAGGAGAAGAAAAAGAAGACUACAACCAUUGCGGUGGAAGUGAAGAAGUCCCAGCACAAGUACGUCAUCGGCCCCAAGGGGAAUUCCCUGCAGGAGAUCUUGGAGAAAACUGGAGUCUCUGUCGAGAUCCCACCCACUGACAGUAGCUCGGAGACGGUGAUACUGCGAGGCGAGCCCGAAAAGCUUGGGCAAGCAUUGACUGAAGUCUAUGCAAAGGCCAACAGUUUUACCGUCUCCUCGGUCUCUGCCCCCUCUUGGCUUCAUCGUUUCAUUAUUGGAAAGAAAGGACAAAACCUGGCCAAAAUAACUCAGCAAAUGCCAAAGGUUCACAUCGAAUUCACGGAAGGAGAGGAUAAAAUCACUUUGGAAGGACCUACAGAAGAUGUGAAUGUGGCUCAGGAACAGAUUGAAGUCAUGGUCAAGGAUCUGAUCAACCGGAUGGAUUAUGCAGAAAUCAACGUUGACCACAAAUUCCAUCGACACCUCAUUGGCAAGAAUGGAGCAAACAUUAACAGGAUUAAGGACCUCUACAAGGUGUCUGUACGCAUUCCCCCGGACAAUGAGAAGAGCAACCUGAUCAGAAUUGAAGGAGAUCCCCAGGGGGUCCAACAGGCCAAGAAAGAGCUGCUGGAACUCGCUUCCCGUAUGGAAAACGAACGCACCAAGGACCUAAUCAUUGAGCAGAAAUUCCACCGGACCAUCAUUGGGCAGAAGGGUGAGCGGAUCCGGGAAAUUCGGGAGAAGUUCCCAGAGGUUAUCAUCAACUUCCCAGACCCAGCGCACAAGAGUGAUAUUGUCCAACUGAGGGGUCCCAAAAAUGAGGUGGAGAAGUGCACCAAGUACAUGCAGAAGAUGGUGGCAGACCUGGUUGAAAACAGCUUUUCUAUUUCUGUCCCCAUCUUCAAACAAUUCCACAAGAACAUCAUAGGGAAAGGAGGUGCCAACAUCAAGAAGAUUCGUGAAGAAAGCAACACCAAAAUUGAUCUCCCAGCAGAGAACAGCAACUCGGAGACAAUUGUUAUCACAGGCAAGAGAGCAAACUGUGAAGCUGCUCGCCACAGAAUUCUUGCCAUCCAGAAGGAGCUGGCCAACAUCACAGAGGUGGAGGUCUCUAUUCCUUCCAAACUGCACAAUUCCCUCAUUGGCGCCAAAGGCCGCUUCAUCCGCUCCAUCAUGGAGGAAUGCGGUGGAGUCCACAUCCACUUUCCCACUGAGGGCUCCGGCAGUGACACUGUGACCAUCAGGGGCCCAGCCCAGGAUGUGGAGAAAGCCAAGAAGCAGCUGCUGCACCUGGCAGAGGAGAAGCAAACUAAGAGUUACACUGUGGACCUCCGUGCAAAGCCAGAGUACCACAAAUUCCUUAUUGGUAAGGGUGGUGGCAACAUCCGUAAGGUGCGUGACAAUACCGGGGCACGCAUCAUCUUCCCAACCUCUGAGGACAAAGAUCAGGAGCUGAUUACUAUCAUGGGAACUGAGGAAGCUGUCAAAGAGGCACAGAAGGAGUUAGAGGCCCUCAUCAAGAACCUGGAUAACGUGGUUGAAGACUCCAUGGUGGUUGACCCCAAGCACCACCGCCACUUUGUCAUCCGGAGAGGGCAGGUCCUGCGUGAGAUUGCAGAUGAAUACGGUGGGGUGAUGGUCAGCUUCCCUCGCUCCGGCACCCAGAGCGACAAAGUCACCCUCAAGGGAGCCAAGGACUGUGUGGAGGCAGCCAAGAAACGCAUCCAGGAGAUCAUUGAGGACCUGGAAGCUCAAGUGACAAUCGAAUGCACCAUCCCACAAAAGUUCCACCGCUCCAUCAUGGGCCCCAAAGGAUCCCGGAUCCAGCAGAUCACCCGGGACUAUGGUGUCCAGAUCAAAUUCCCUGACAGGGAGGAGAACCCAGCUCCAGUUGCAGAGCCAGCAUUGCAGGAGAAUGGUGAGGAGGGUGGGGAAGGCAAGGAUGGGAAGGAUGCAGACCCCAGCUCUCCAAAGAAGUGUGAUAUCAUCAUCAUCUCUGGUCGCAGGGAGAAGUGUGAGGCAGCAAAGGAGGCACUGCAGGCUCUGGUUCCUGUCACCAUUGAAGUAGAAGUUCCCUUUGAUCUGCACCGUUACAUCAUUGGCCAGAAAGGAAGUGGGAUCCGUAAAAUGAUGGACGAGUUUGAAGUGAACAUCCAGGUCCCUGCUCCUGAGCUGCAGUCAGAUAUCAUCACCAUCACUGGGCUGGCUGCCAACCUGGACCGUGCCAAGGCUGGGCUGCUGGAAAGAGUGAAGGAGCUGCAGGCUGAACAAGAGGAUCGGGCCUUGCGAAGCUUUAAGCUGACAGUCACCGUUGAUCCCAAGUACCACCCCAAAAUCAUUGGGCGGAAGGGAGCAGUGAUCACCCAGAUCCGCACAGAGCAUGAGGUCAACAUCCAGUUCCCUGACAAAGAUGACGAAAGCCAGGCGCAGGACCAGAUCACCAUCACUGGCUAUGAGAAGAAUGCUGAGGCUGCCCGGGAUGCCAUCAUGAAGAUUGUUGGUGAGCUGGAGCAGAUGGUUUCUGAGGAUGUGACUCUGGACCAUCGUGUCCACGCACGCAUCAUCGGUGCGCGUGGCAAAGCCAUCCGCAAAAUCAUGGAUGAGUUUAAGGUGGAUAUUCGCUUUCCCCAGAGUGGAGCUCCUGACCCCAACUGUGUGACUGUGACAGGGCUCCCUGAGAACGUGGAAGAAGCUAUUGAUCACAUCCUGAACUUGGAGGAAGAAUAUCUUGCAGAUGUGGUGGACAAUGAGGCAAUGCAAGUGUAUAUGAAGCCCUCUUCCCAUGAAGAGUCCAAGGCCCCAUCCAAGGGCUUCGUGGUGAGAGAUGCCCCCUGGGCCACUGUCAACAAUGAAAAGGCCCCUGAUAUGAGCAGUUCUGAAGACUUCCCCAGCUUUGGGGCUCAAGUUGCCCCCAAGACUCUUCCCUGGGGACCCAAACGAUAAUGACCUGGAAGCAGAACCAUCUCCUCCAGCCCGCUGACCUGACACUAACCUGCCACAAAUACUUCCUGUCUGAAAUCUGACCCAGCGGCUGGAGCACAAGUCAAUUGCCCCACGAGGUCUCCUAAUGGUGUCUGGAGUGCUAGACCCCAUCCUGCUCCCCUCAGCUAUCACCACAGCUAGGACCCAUUCUCAUCUCUUGAUGGAUCUACUUUCCUUCUUUGGAACAAGACUUCCGCUCAAAUUGAAACACUAAGUGUGUGUAUUUUUGUUAGAAACUUCAUCAUUGACUUAAAGUGACUAAGAUUUACAGCUUCCCAAAUGCUAGCAGAAAAAUCAGCUCUCUUGAGCAUGUCUUACUAGGCAUUCUCGCCUUCAUUAGGAGACCUCCUUUACUGUGGCUAGGAAUCUACUUCCUGUCUCAUGACCUCAGGAAAUAAAUUUCCUUGACUUUCUAAAGCCAAAA